AUGAUUAACAAACAAUUUCAAUGUGUUAAUACAACUUGUUUACCAUUUGUUAUUGAUAUUGUAUUAGAUAUCCGUGAUUGUCAGUUCAUGUGUUUAAGUCAAAUUCAAUGUCAAGCAACUAGUUUUCAUAAAUCCACUUCGACUUGUGACUUAUUUGAUGAUAUAUUAAAUCAAAUCGGCAAUAUGUUAGAUAAUGCGGAUAUUGUUACUAUGAUUGUCAUGAGUGAAACACGUAUUCCAGUCGGAAUGACUUCAUCAUCAGUGGCUGCUCCUUCAAUAACAUCGUUGACAACACCGUUAACAGCAACGUUGGUAACAACAACUACAACAGUCUGUUAG